CUCCAGCAGUUUUGUGGCAAAUGAAGACAAGCUAUGCAGCAGGGAUCCAGGGGUCUGAAUGGAUUUCCAGCCACUGCCAAAAAGAAAAUGUGACUUUUAGCAUACACUCCAGAAAGGCGCAAUGUUUACGCAGCAGCUGAAAGGACCCCUAGCCUUGUGGACGCUCAUUUUUAUACCGACAAUUGCUGGGCUUGACAACGAUGGAAGAUCUGUGUGGGGGAAAGAGUCCAGUUCAAGUUUUGUGAAUGAAACCCAGAUGUUUCUGCAUGACACGUUCCCCAAAAAGUUCUUCUGGGGUGUGGGGACCAGCGCUUUUCAGGUGGAAGGUGCCCAAAGGAAAGAUGGAAGGGGACCGUCAAUAUGGGAACAGUUCGCCCGUUCAGAGCUGAGAGCUGGUUCCAGGACAGAUGACUCCAGUGACAGCUACAUUUUUUGGCAGAAAGAUUUAGCAGCUCUGGAUUUUUUGGGAGUUUCUUCUUAUCACUUUUCAAUUUCAUGGCCAAGGCUCUUUCCCACCGGCACAGUGACAGCUGUCAAUGAAAAGGGGCUUCAAUACUACAACAGUCUCCUAGAUGCUCUUGCUCAGAGACAUAUUGAGCCUGUGGUCACCCUUUACCACUGGGAUUUGCCGUGGAUUCUGUACGAGAGAUAUGGGGGGUGGAAAAAUGAAUCCCUAAUUGAUGUUUUUGAUGACUACGCGACUUUUUGCUUCCAAGCUUUUGGUGAUCGAGUUAAGUACUGGAUUACGAUCCACAAUCCUUAUCUAGUUGCUUGGCAUGGGUAUGGCACAGGGAUUCAUGCACCCGGAGAGAAGGAAGAAAGCGCUGUCCCUCUGGUAGGACAUAAUCUGAUCAAGGCACAUGCAAGAGUCUGGCAUAAUUACAACAAACAUUUCCGACCACAACAGAAAGGGUUUUUGUCGAUAACUUUGGGAUCCCACUGGAUCGAACCGAGCAGAUCCAGGAAUGAAGAAGACAUCAGAAAAUGUCAGCACUCCAUGCAGAAAGUUCUUGGGUGGUUUGCCAAGCCAAUACAUGGGGAUGGAGAUUACCCAGAAGAGCUGAAGACAGAAUUUGCUUCUCUCUUGCCAAACAGUACUGAGACCGAGAAGAACUACAUUAAAGGGACCGCUGACUUCUUUGCGUUUUCCUUUGGUCCAAAUAACUUUAUACCACCAAAGAAACUACCCAAAAUGGGACAAGUUUUCUCGCUCAACCUGAGGGAAGUGUUGAACUGGAUUAAGUUGGAAUAUAACAAUCCUAGAAUCCUGAUUACAGAAAAUGGCUGGUUUACAAACAGCCACGUGAAAACGGAAGACACCACAGUUAUCUACUUGAUGAAGAAUUUUAUUAAUAAGGUCUUGCAAGCAAUUAAAUACGAUCAAAUCGAUGUAUUUGGUUACAUGGCCUGGUCCCUCCUGGAUGGAUAUGAAUGGCAACAUGCCUACAAUAACCGACGUGGAUUAUUUUAUGUAGAUUUUAAUAGCAAAGAAAAAGAGAGGAUUCCCAAAUCAUCUGCAUUUUAUUACAAGGAAAUCAUACAAGAAAAUGGCUUUCCUCUGAAAGAAUCAGCUUUCCAUGGCCAGUUUCCCUGUGACUUCUCCUGGGGUAUGACAGAGUCCGUUAUUAAGGCAGAAUCUGUCGCUUCCUCUCCACAGUUCUGCGAUCCUAACCUCUAUCUCUGGAAUCUUACCGGAGAUGGACUUUUCUACCAGGUGAAAGGAGUGAAACUGAAAACCAGACCGGCUCAAUGUACAGAUUUUGUUACCAUUAAAACGCAACUUGACCUACUGUCCAAAUUGAAAAUCACCCAUUAUAGAUUUGCACUCAAUUGGUCGCUGCUUCUGCCUACUGGCGAUUUGAAAUCCAUCAACGGCCAAGUCCUUCGAUACUAUCGAUGUGUGAUCAGUGAGCUGCUCAAACUUAAUAUCAAGUCUGUGGUCACCUUAUAUUAUCCAACUCACCGUUCGUUGGGGCUGCCUGGUCCUUUAGUCCAAAAUGGUGGCUGGUUGAAUCAGUCCACUGUCCAGGCUUUCCGAACCUACGCAGAGAUGUGUUUUCGGGAGAUUGGGGACUUGGUUAAAUUCUGGAUCACAAUAAAUGAACCUAAUCGACUCAGUGAUAUUUAUAAUAGCAGCAGUAACCACACCUAUCAGGCCGCGCAUAAUCUGUUGAUAGCCCAUGCCUCGGCUUGGCAUGUCUACGAUAAACAUUAUCGAUCCACCCAGCAUGGUCAGAUCUCUUUAUCUCUGCAUUCUGAUUGGGCAGAACCCGCCAACCCAUUUGUGGACACCCACUGGGAAGCUGCUGAGAGAUUCCUUCAGUUUGAAAUAGCUUGGUUUUCCGAUCCGAUCUUUAAGACGGGGGACUAUCCUGCAGUUAUGAGAGAAUACCUCGACUACAAGAAGAGCAGAGGGCUCUCUAGCUCUUCCCUGCCGUAUUUCACAAAGGAAGAGAAGGAACUCGUGAAAGGGGCUGCCGAUUUUUACGCACUCAAUCAUUUCACCACGCGGUUUGUGAUCCACGAGUCUAAAAAUGGAAGUCGGUACGACUUUGAUCAGGACGUUCAAUUUCUGCAAGACAUCACCUGCCUAAACUCCCCGUCUCGCUCAGCAGUCGUGCCUGCCGGGUUACGCAAAAUCCUAAACUGGAUUAGAAAACGUUACGGCAACCUAAAUAUCUACAUCACGGCAAACGGGAUAGAUGAUCAGUCUUUAAGCGAUGAUGGACUUCGUAAAUACUACAUUGACAAAUAUGUCCAGGAAGCCUUAAAAGCUUACCACAUUGACAAAGUCAACGUCCGAGGCUAUUUUGCAUUUAAACUUGCCGAUGAAAAAUCCAAACCCAGACUGGGCUUCUUCACCCACGAAGCCAAGGCCAAGGCUUCUGUUCCAUUUUACAACCGUCUCAUUAGCCAUAACGGCUUUCUCUUGGAGCCUGCAAACAACAUCUGUGGCCAGCCCAAGGAAGAAGCAACCUGCACGUUCUGCCUGCUUCUAGCUCAGAAAAAGCCGCUCGUAUUCUUUGGGUGCUGCCUUUGCUCGACUCUCAUCUUGCUCUUAAGCAUUAUUGUUUUCCACAAAAGGAAAAGGAGAAAAUGGUACUGGUCGAAAAAUCUGGAUUACAUGUGCGUUCCUGUCAAAAGUAGACACAAGAAAGUUCUCAACCAGAUAUAGAGUGGUCUUUUUUUUCUGCAUGUGAAUGUCAACGGUGAGGAUAAGUUAUUGAAAGCACUCCAAGUCACUCCACCAAGGUACUUGCAAAAGAAUGCUGCUUUGCAUGAGCGGAAUUCCCAUGGUAGUCGAUUCAGGAUUAUUAUCAAGAAUCCUUGUUCCAUGUUUAUGCUGUCAGGGAAUCCCAGGUUGUUUACUUGUGUGCUCAUGUUUAUCAUAAAGUCACUCAGAACUCCAAGUCCUUUGCUUUUUACAUCAACGUACACCAUGAAAAGACACAAGGAAAAGAACCGAUACAAGAGUGUCUGCCUUCCUGUCAACCUUUUUUCCAUCUUCAGAGUAAGACUUGAUUACAUAAAGGAAGUUUAGCUGUUGUCAUGCCUGAAAAUCUCGGGAGCAGGGACAGAUGUAUACGAAGGAAUUAAAAAUGGCGUUAGUCCAAUAUAUU